GCGCAGCGCUGGACAGUUAAAAUGGCCGCCGCGGUGUCGUCGAGCCGCCUGUGCGACAGUAAUCCGGCAACUCCGGGAGCUCAGUCCGGCAAGGAAGAGACCGAGGAGACUUCAAAUGAUGAUGCCACAAGCCAGCCUGCCAAACGCCGACGGAUGGGAUCUGGAGAUAGCUCAAAAAGCAGUGACACAACUCAGGACUUCAGUUCCAGCUAUUUUCCAGCAGAGAUGUUAACAGAAUAUAAAUGGCCAGCUGAUGACACAGGGGAGUAUUACAUGCUUCAGGAACAAGUUAGUGAAUAUUUAGGUGUGACAUCAUUCAAGCGUAAAUACCCAGAUCUGGAAAGACGCGAUCUAUCUCACAAAGAGAAACUAUAUCUGAGGGAGAUGAAUGUUAUCACAGAAACCCAGUGCACUUUAGGUUUAACCGCUCUGAGGAGCGAUGAAGUUAUCGAUCUGAUGAUCAAGGAAUACCCUACCAAAUAUGCCGAAUAUGCUGUGGUUCUGCAGGACAGAGAGCGGCAGCAGAUCACCGAUCGCUACAAGGAAUACUCGCAAAUGCAGUUGCAAAACACACAAAAGGUUGAGCCCAGUAAAGUUCCAGAAUACAUCAAGAAAGCUGCAAAGAAAGCUGCAGAAUUUAACAGCAAUUUCAACCGGGAACGGAUGGAGGAAAGGAGAGCUUACUUUGAUUUGCAGACACAGGUAAUCCAAGUGCCCCAGGGAAAAUACAAAGUUCUUCCACCAGAGAGGACAAAAGUUGGGGCUUAUCCAGUUGCUCUGAUACCAGGUCAAUUUCAGGAAUAUUACAAAAGGUACUCUCCCAAUGAGUUACGUUACCUGCCUGUAAACACAGCCUUGUAUGAGCCACCUCUGGAUCCAGAACUGCCAGCACUGGACAGUGAUGGAGAUUCUGAUGAUGCAGAAGAUGGGCGUGCUGAGGAUGAACGAAAGGAAGACAAAGGCUUCUCAGAUACCUCUUCUGGGAGCACAACAGAUGCAGAAAGCCCUAUUGAACAUCAAGAUGAUUCCUCACAGGGAAAGCAGACACCAAAAGAAAAAGGAACACGGCCAUGGAAAGAGCCAAAACGAAGUGUGACACCCAAAUCAGUUACUGGGUACAAGCCUAAGAUCAUUCCAAAUGCAAUAUGUGGAAUUUGUCUAAAGGGUAGAGAAUCCAACAAGAAAAACAAACCUGAGGCACUCAUACACUGCUCCCAGUGUGACAACAGUGGCCAUCCAUCUUGCUUGGAUAUGUUGACAGAGUUGGUGGCUGUAAUAAAAACCUACCCUUGGCAGUGUAUGGAAUGCAAGACAUGCAUAGUGUGCGGCCAGCCACAUCACGAGGAAGAAAUGAUGUUCUGUGAUCAAUGCGACCGUGGGUAUCACACUUUCUGUGUAGGAGUUGCUUCCAUCCCUUCAGGUCGUUGGAUUUGUGAGUGCUGUGCAAAUGUUCCUUCCACAACUAAGAAAAGGGGACGGAAAGCCAAAAAUAACAAAGAAGGAUGAAGCUACAAUGUCAGAACCAAUCCAGAAAAAUGUGGGGCCAGAUUAAAGUUCUUGCUGAAGCUUUGGUUGACUCGGUAUAUCAGGUGCUUACAUUGAUAUUAAUGUGUUUUAUAAAUAUCAUUUCCAUUAUUUGUAUGAAAAAUUUUGAAACAAAUAAAAUGUCAAUGAAACAAA